AGCAGGACCGAACCGAGUUGAGCAGCGCCCCGUGGGGGCCCGGCCCCGCCAUGCAGUGGGGCUGCGCGGCGCUGCGCCUAUCGCGGGCGCUGUGCCUGCUGCUGUCCGCGCCGCUCUGCCCGCAGGUGUCAGCCCGCAGCCCGCCGUGCCCCAGCGGUGCCUGCACUCAGUCCGGCGAGUGCUGCUCCUCCUGCCCUCCAGGCUUCGGGGCGGUCGUGCCCUGCGACCUCACCGACACCCAGUGUGAGCCCUGCGCCCAGAACCACACCUUCUCGGCGUUGAGCAGCGCUGUCGAGCCGUGCCAGCCCUGCAGGCUGUGGCAGGAGGGUUAUGGGGCUGUGCAGUCCUGCAGCCCGGAGCGGGACACCGAGUGCCAGCCUUGUCCCCGGGGCUCCUUCUCAGAGGAGUGCUGCCCUGCCAGCCUGGCCGUGAGCCCGGCCAAAGAAGGACCCGCAUAUCCCAAAACAAACCGAAGGAAACCCCCCAAGGAGAACAGCACAGGCCCCACCGCCUCAGCCACCUCCGCCUCCACGUUCGUCCCUCCCCUCCCUGAGGACGUGGGGCAGAACAUCAUCCCCGUGUACUGCUCCCUCCUGGCUGCUGUGGUGGUGGGUCUCCUCGCCUACGUGGCCUUCAAGUGCUGGCACACGUGCAGGCAGAAGCAGCAGCUGGCCAAGGCACGAGCAGCCGAGUUGGGGACGGCGGCUGAGGGUGAGAAGCUGCACAGUGACAGCGGGGUCUUCCUGGAUACGCACAGCCUGCAGGAGCCACACCAGACCGGCAAGGCGCCCCGUCUGGAAGCCCGACCCUACAGCUCAGUCCCACAGCAGCGACGGGAGGAGGUGGAACGGCUGCUGGAGAGUGGUGGUCCCAGCGGGGACUGGCGUGGGCUGGCCGCCCGCCUGGGCUACGGGGAUGAGGCCAUCGGCACCUUCGCCCGCGGCCAGGCGCCCGCCCGCACCCUGCUCGCCACUUGGGCAGCCACAGAAGGGGCCACAGUGGAAGCCCUCUGCCUGGCUUUGGCUGCUAUGGGACGGCAGGACGUGGCCGAGUGCCUGGCGGGGCCGGGAGAUGCCAGCUCAAUGGUGUGAACCCACCCAGGGGGCUCCUGGUGGCCCGGUGGGGUGAGGAGGAGGAGGAGGAGGAGGAUGGGACGCGGGGAUGCGUGGUCCCUUUGGAUGGGGUGAGCCCUUGGCCACCAGCAGCUUUAUCCUGCCUGUAUACUCUGUGGGGUUUUUUAAGUCGUUUUUGUACUUUAGGGGGGUGGGGGAAAUGCCCUUUUUGUAUUUCGGGGUCCCAGCGUGGGUUCGGGAUGUUGCGUGCCUGUUGCCUGUGGUCUUUGCAUUAAACAGCCAACGUGC